UAAUCAUCUAUGUUUAGACUCCGACUGAAUGUCACAUUGUCUGGCUUGCUUCAAUUCGUGGAAGAGCUGUUAAAGGGAAACUACGAGCUUGAUAAAGAGGCAACGUGAGAAUCCAUUGCUUUUGAAGAUUCUGGCGAAUGCACGAUGUUUCCCGUUGACCCGCUGAGUCGUUUCCAGGAAGCAAACCCAAAGUAUAAACUCAUCAAGCCUUGGUGGGCCGUGUUAACUGGCUAUUUCGCUAUAGCCUUGUUGGUAAUUGCCGUCCUAGCAGGGACAAUGCAAGCUACACAGAGAAAUCUGGUCUGCGUCCCUACUAAAAACUGUACUAGUUUUAAUCAUAGUCUACCUGCUUCAAAAACAAACAACUCUUGUAAAGAUAACAAGACGACACUGCUGCUGAAAUUGCCAGACAGACGAUUAUAUGAUUUUGUUGAGAUAGAGUGUGGUCGCAUUGUGUUUCACGACUUUGUUUCGUACUUCCCAUUUAUAAUUUUCAUUCAGGCAAUUGCUCUAAUAGUCGUUGAUAAUAUCUUGUUAACGUUACCAGAGCCAUCCGCACUGGUAGAUCACUUCUUAUCAUUGGUUAUCGAAUGCUAUAAUACUUCUGGGACUUCUUUAUCUCUUUGGAAAGUUCUCUGGCAUGCAAUAAUACCUAAAAAUACUGACCAUGGUCAUAAAAUAGACAAACUAGACGGCGAUGAAGAUCCAGAACAAGGAAAUCACGACAAGCAACCACUUUUAAAAAAAACCUCUCAGUCUGCAGAUGGCGGUUCACUCCAUUCACUUGCUCCAUCACCCACUCUCUCUGAAGAUGAAGCUAUCAAAGCCGAGGCACUUUAUGAAAAAGUUGGCCAAUUCCAAAUAGCAGCUGAGAAGAAUCAGCACUUGUAUUACAUAUACCUUGCUCAAGCGAUAAUACAAUCCAUAAUAUCUUGCUCAAUAUUUGCUUAUCUAGUCCACCACAGCAGCACAUUUAAAGUUAAUGCAAAAUGUACAAUCGAUGACACCAUAAGUGGAGACUAUAAACAUUUUAAAUGCACGGAUUUUCUUGUUCCUUUUUUUCGAAAUCUGAACAUUUUCUCUUGUGUGCUGUCAGCAGCAUACUGCUUUAUGUCUGUUUUUAUUUGCAUUUGGGUUUUGCUUUUUGUUUAUAAAAAAAGCGAAAAAUACGACUUUGCGUCUGAACGUAGUGUUAACGAAGGGAGAUCUAACGACUCCGGUAACGAAGAAAACAACAGAAAAAGACACGAAGACUUGGGUCUGCUCAAGCUACUUAGUCCAACUGACCCUGCAACGGGAAACCUUGCCUUUUUGCUUCAUCUACUCAAUCACUGCAAUACGUUGUAUUUGCAAAGAUUCAGUAUCUUUUUAUCUCAAAAGAAUGAAAAGGUAAUAAAGCAAUAUAUAUUGAUGAUUAAAUGGCCUGUAGAAAAGCUAAAGAAAAUGACAGAAGACGGUGGAAGAGCAUUGAAGCUAGCCAACCUAAGUGGCAUCCCCAAAACUGUAUUCCAAAUGACAGAUCUCGAUUUCCUAAAACUAAAUAACUGCCAUGUGAAAGAUGAUUUGGAUCCAAAUGACUGGUCAAAGCUACAUUUAAGAUCAUUAUCUCUGGUAAGCUGUGGCUUGACUACCAUUCCGGUCGCUAUUUUGAAUAUGGAUUCUCUAGAAACAUUAGAUCUAUCAUACAACAAUAUCAAUUGUAUUCCUCCUGAAAUUCACCAACUGACAUCAUUGCGUGCUUUGGACGUUUCCCAUAACAAUAUUACCGAAGGCGUGGAACAUCUCAUAGAAAUGGAGGAGCUUGCAGAAUUGAAUGUACGAGAAAAUAACUCUCUUGAUUUUAAUUCGCUAACUGAAAAACCAGGGAAUCUAAAGAGAAUUACAAUUAACGAAGUAAUGCUCAAAAAAAUGGAUGAGGAUACAAAAUCUAAACUAAAGGAUAUCAUUUAUACAAAGGUAUUAUCAGAUCGAGAUGUUUUCGUCAUCAAGUACUCGCCAGAAAGAGCUCCUCAACAUGUCGAAAAUAUUAGAAAGAAAGGCGAAAUGAUCUACAAAAUGACAUCACAUCCUAAAGGUGUAGCUCUGAUUAUCAAUAUUUCGCAAUAUGCCAAUAUGUUCGUUCCAGACCGCUAUGGCUCUGAAGUCGACGUAGAGAGGUUAGAGAAAUUAUUUGACGGUAUUGGUUAUCAAGUCAAAAUUAUCGGUCAGGAAAUCGUCUGCAAUAAGGGUUUAUUCCGGGAAGUGCUGAGGACUGUGUUUGAAGAAUACGCACAUGGUGACUCCGCAAUUUUGACAGUAAUGUCUCAUGGGGGCGAGGAAGGAAUGUAUCUCACUAAUGGGGAUAUAAUAACAGUCGAUGAAAUGGUUGGUACAAUGCAAACUGAGAGGCUGCAAGGAAAACCGAAGCUCAUUUUCUUACAAGCUUGUCGUGGUAGUAGAUUUAUGUCGCCAACCAGACUGGAUUAUAAUUCCAUCGAGGACGAUUUACCCACAGUGCAACACCCUGACCAAGUGGACGGCGUAUUAGCAAGAGCUCCAUUCGAUGUUACCUUGCGAGAAGAACAAUCAGAUACGCUUAUUGCCUAUUCAACCUUGCAAGGCUUUGCCUCUUUUCGAAAUACUGUAACUGGUUCCUUCUUCAUCAAUGCCUUGGUUGAUGUGUUUUCCAAGCAUGCUUGGGAAGAAGAUAUUCUUAGCCUAUUGACAUUUGUGAAUUACGAAGUGUCUCGAAGACUAUCAAUGAGUGAAUACAAGCAAGUUCCUGCACCCCAGACUACCCUAAGGAAGAAGUUUUACUUUUUUCCAGGGUACUUCGGAGAAGAUGAUCAAAACCAAACAAAUUAAUUGCAUUCGUAUAAGUAUGGAGAUAAUUUGAUCUAUCAAGAAGAGAUUACAGCGACAGCUUGGCCGUCUCUCACAGACACUGACAAAAACAUCCAGAAAUAGUAAAUCAGUUUUCAGGAAUUGUUAGCGUUAUAAACUGUCGGUCUUGUUACGCAGCACUAGGCUGACGUAGUUUAAACAACUUUUGUCCUUUAAAAAAAAAACAAAAAAACAAUACAAGUGUUAAGUCAAGUAAAACAAACGACUUGUCAAGACUAGGCAUAUAUUGACGCGUUUAGUAUAGAAAAGAUUGGCGACGACUAGAAAACGUGGAAGGCUUAGAUAUCCUUGCAUGCACAGCCCAGCAAAUACCAUAAUUUCAUUUGUCGUUACAAAUUAGUGAAUUAGAUUGGAAGACAAUAGUCUCCUUCACGGAUACCUGUGCCAUCUUGAAAGGUAGCCGUGCCUUUACAUCGAAGCGAGACAACCGU